CCUAGGAUGUACAAAAAGCUGCACCCAGAAAAGUCCAACAUUUUAGAAGAAGACUAGAAAGCCUUGGAACAGCAUGCGUUAUAGCUAUUUGCACAUUUAAGUCCAGCCAACCUAACAAGCGUAUUUUACCUUCUUUAGAGUCAUUUUCCACACACUCAGAUGGAAAGUGCUUUGUCCUGAGUCUGCUGCUACACGACUACAAAGCUGUGACUCAUUUCGCCUGUAACAGUCUGCAGGCAGAGUCAGUUUUUCCAAAGACUUCAGGCAGCAGGAGGAGAGCCGCAGCACUCACACAUACACAGCUUCUUCUUCUUCGCUGGGAUUUUCUUUGCAGGACAGUUUGGAGAUGCUCCAGGGGGCACUAAGCUGGGCCAUGCUCUGCCUCUGCUGCUCCCUCCUCCUCGGGGAUGGGGGGACAGGAGCGGCAGGGCUUCACAUGUCUGGGGAACCAGAGCUGGAGGACUCGGAGUGGGGUUCUGGAUCAUCCCUUUUGCACCUGCUGCGCAGCUUCCCCGCUGACAGCCCCUUCAUAACAGAGACCCCAGAUAAACCGGUAAACUGCUCCCAGCGCUUUUGGCUCCCGCCGUCCUCUGCGAUCUGCUGGGAGAACAUCGUCGGGCCGGAGGAGUUCGCCAGGUCCCGUCUGAUGGUUCUCCAGAACAGGGCCGCCUUGCAGGCUGUUUCCACGUCCAGUGGGGUGGAGGACGGAGGGAUCUCAUAUGAGCACCAAGCUAGAGAGGAGGUCCAGGGGAUCCAGUCGGACCACCAGAGUGUGGUAGAAACUAUGCAGACCAUGGAGAAGGUGUUUGUCUCUCUGGAGGAGAAGAGGAAGGAGGGGCAGGAGCAGGGGGCGCUCACCAGCUUGAGGAGAAAUCUGGCCAACACCAGGGGUGCCAUUGAUGGAAGAGAGCAAACAGCAAACAUCCUGGAGGAUCACUUUUCUACAUUAGAGAAGAAUCUGCUCAACAUGCAGCUUCGACUCAACAAACUCAUCCAACAGUAACAAAGACAGGGACCUGCUGCCGCUCCUACUUCCCUCAUUUGUACUGUAUGUAUAUAUCUUCAUGUAGCUAAUGCAUGCAUGCUCAGGAUUAUGCUACUUUGUAGUAGAUUAUGCACUGUGUCGUCAAUAAACCUUCCUAAGUACCGUGUGUAACCUGGAAUCAGCAGUGAAAAAUAAAACUGGCAUUAUCAGGGAAGAUUUGAUGCACAUGUUUUAAAUCUUUAAAAUAUUUCUUUUUGCGAUUAUGUACAAUAUGGACAUGUAAUUAAAUGAUAUGUAGUACUUGUGAACCUUAGAACAGUCAUCCAUCCAUCCAUAAUCUAUACCGCUUUUCCCAUUCAUCAUCACAUUGGUUGGAGCUGAUCUCAGCUUUCAUUGGACGAGAGGCGGGGUACACCCUUUAUUAGAGAGACAGGACAGUAGACAUCAGAAAAUCGGGGAGAAAGCAGGGAAUGACAUGCGGGACAGGAGCCCCGCCCCCCGGAACAGUUUUUAACACAUCACACAACACGCAUCCUUCCUGUUUAUAGAUGCAUAUCUCUCUCCAGAGGUAUCUAAAAUCAAUGAGGCAGCAACAUGAUUUCAGACAUCAUGAAUCUUUAUUUUAAUAUCAAACGUAAACAAUUUUAUUUGUACAUAAGAAGAUUCUAAAUAAGGUGGUCAGCUGUUAUAUACACUUUAAAUAGUCACAUCCGUUGGGACUCAGUGUGAGUUCUCAUUUGGAAAGACAGCACGUUCAGUCGCCUUGUACUUAAUCUGGAGGGGGAAAAAAACGAGGUAUUUGUACUUUAGAGUGGAUCAAACUCAUUUCAAGUAAACCCGUCAAAACUCAAACAUGACAAUAUCUUGAAGAAAAA